AUGAAAAAUAUUCUAAGUGCAAUUCUUUUUAUUGCUUUUGCUUUACUAUUAACCUAAGCAUAGUUAAGUUCAUAUUGCAUCUAUCAAGAUUAAAAAGCGAAAGAAUGUGCUUUCUAUGAUAGUCUUUAGUAAAAUUUUGGAGGAGUAAAUUUACCUAAAUACAAAGUGAACUUGGACCUUUCUUACAAAGACAGGUGGAGAGAAAUUAUCACAAAUUACAAAAACCCAAUUUAAAUGUUUGCAAACUUUCUGUAAUCUUCUGAUGGAUUCAAAUAAAUAGAAUAACUCUUUCCACUAUAUUCAGAUCCUAAUUUUUUAAAUGAACUCCAAGCAAUAUCUGACUUGUCAGGAGUAUCAUUUACUAGCAUUUAAUUGUUCAGUUAAAUGUAUGAAAUUUUAGGUUCAAUAGCAUGCACAAGUAUCAUAGCAAGAAAUCCAGAUGGAAGUAUAGUGCAUGGAAGAAAUUUAGAUUAUGGUUUUUUUUAACAAAUAUCUCCACUGCUUGCAAAUAUAGAGUUUUAAAGAAAUGGAAAAACUGUAUUUUUUGCUGAUAUGGUAAUUGGAACUGCUAUAGUUGUUACAGGAGUAGUUCCAAACGGAUUUUCUAUAACGAUCAAUCAGAGAGAUGUUGAUUAAUAAUCACUUAGUUACCUCAAACAAUAGUACAUUCCUGCUUGUUAUUUAAUAUAUUAAGUUUUAUAGACAAAUACAACAUAUUAAGAUGCCCUAAAUACUCUUUUAAAUACUAAAGUAGCAAUGCCUGCCUAUUUAAAUAUCGCUGGAGUUUCUGGAAAUUAAGGUAAUGUGAUUGAAAAAAAUAGAGAAAGUAAUAGUCUACAAACAACAUUAAGUGAAUCUACUUGGUUUAUAUGUUAAACAAAUUACGACAGAUCUAUACCAGAUCCUUAAAGUGAUUACAGAAGACUACCUUGUGAAUAAAAAAUGUCGUAAUUAAACUAAAGUUCAUGGUAACCUUAAGAGAUGUUUAACAUAUUAUCUUAAUAACCUAACUUUGUGUAAUCAACUAUUGCAACAGACAUUAUGGUUCCUAAAACAGGAUUUAUCAACUCUACAAGAUGGUUUAAUCCACCUCCUAUUAUGCAGCAAAUAUAAUAAAAAUUAUACAAAUAAACUUUGUAAGCUGUUACAGUGUUUAUAUUAAUUUUUAUUUUAUGA